AUGAAUAAACCAAAUAAUAAAACCAAUAAUAAAACCAACAAUAAAACCAACAAUAAAUCAACAAACAAACUCACUCACAAAUCUAAUAAAACUAACAAUAAAUCAAAUAUUCAAAGAAGAUUGUCCCUACACAAAAUAAAAUCCCCCAUUCAUCUCGAUAAAAGCUCAAAAUACAUCAAAACAAUCUUCAAUUCUGACAAUAAUAAUCAGCUUGUUAAAACUAACAUCCCAAUCCCUCCUUACUUGAUCCAAACUAAAUCACAACUAAUCGACAUCUUCGAUAAAAUUAAACAAAAAGAAGACGAAAGAAUCCACGACGCCAUCAUAAAUGGUCUAAACUCCCCUUGGUCCCUACACAAUGCUGCAAAGGCUUUUGAUUCAAAAAGAAAUAGAUAUGCCAAUACUCUACCCUUUGAUAAAAACAGAGUGAAAUUACCUGUCAUAAACAACUACAACGACUACAUCAACGCUUCUCACAUAAACUUAAGCUUCUCCAAUAACACAAAUUCCGCAAUCAUAUCAAACUACAAUAAACACUAUAUAGCCACUCAAGGUCCCCUAAAAAACACUGUUUCUCAUUUUUGGCAAAUGUGUUAUAACGAAUCAAAUCCCUUUACUCACGAUCCAAUAAUAAUAGUAAUGCUAACCCCACUAAUAGAAAGGAAAAAACAAAAAUCUUUUAAAUAUUGGCCUGAUUUAAAUAACCCUCAAAUCUUUUUAAAUAACUUUAACACGAUCAACUAUAACCACUUGAAUAACGAUUCAGAUAACCAAUCUGAUAAUCAACUCGAAAGCUUGCAAUCUGAUAGCCAAUUUGAAAACUUGGAGGGCUUUAAAUACUCUCUAAAUUUAACUUUACUCAAACUACGCUACAUCAACAACGAUUUCUAUCAUUCAAAAAUACUAAUCGAACCAAUUUUCAAUACAAAAAACAACACAAACCAAAAACUUUAUAAAAAAAAAAUCGUCCAUCAUUUUUAUUACGAUAAAUGGCAGGAUUUUAAUAAACCAGAUAAUUACAACUCAAUUAUUAAUCUAUCAAAAUAUGCUCACCACUAUUUAAACGAUUUAAACGAUUUAAAUCUUUCAAAUACAAACCACAACCCAAUGAUAGUUCACUGUGCUGCCGGUGUUGGUAGAACUGGGUCAUUCAUCACUCUUGAUUACUUAUUAAAUUUUUGCAAUGAUUUUAUAAUAUUUAACCAAGCCAAAAACAAUGAAAAAUUAUUAGAACACUACCUAAGCAAUCAUCAAUACAAUAAUGAAAAUAACAAUGAAAAUAAUAAUCAAUACAACAAUGAAAAUAAUGACAAUAAUCAAACCAAUAUCGACGUAAUCAAAGAAAUCAUAUGCAAACUAAGAAAACAAAGAAUGCUUAUGGUUCAAAGCAAAAACCAGUUUCUAUUCAUCUACGAAAGUGCAAGAACCAUUUGGAAUUCAAAAUACAACUUGUUUUUGAAUGAACUAGAUACAAGCAGCAACGACGAGUUAAGUUCAAUUGAUGCCAACAAAAGAGACCAAAUAAACAACAUAGACACUCUACUCAGUGAUUAA